AAACUACCCUUUUUAUAAAACAAAAAACACAUUCACAGAAGAGAUAGACAGAGAGGGAGCCGUUAUCUACUUACUUACCAGCCUGCAAUCCACAAAAAUAAAAAAUAAAAAAAUAUCAAGAUUCAUCAAAAUCAUCUCUCAAUCAAAAUCCAUCCAUUCUUUUUAUAUAUCUAUCUCUCAAUUCUGGUAUAUCCUUUUGCAAUCAAUUUCAAUUUCAAUUUCCCCUAAUAAUAAUAAUCCGAUUUCUUCAUUCAGCCAUGGUUAACGCUUCGAUCUCCACUCCCGCUUCUUCUAACGACUUUGCUAAAAAGAAACGAGUGAAUAGAACUGCUAAAUUGAAACAGAGCAAGCUUGAUGUUCGCCGUCAACAGUGGCUUUCUCAAGUGAAGACCAAGGAUAUCGGGUUGAAGGAAGAAGCAAAUGGUGUGAAAAUGUCUGCUAAAGAGACACAUGCAGUCAGGGAACGAGAGCGUGAGAGUUCGCUGGUGAAGUUGGAAAUUUGUGUUGGUGGUGAAGAGAACGAGGGUUUGAUGGGUAAUUAUAGCGACAAUGAAUCGCCUUUGAGUCAUACCAGCAGUGGUAACAGAUCUGUUACUAACUUUACUGGUAGUAGUAUGAGCUCCAGUGGUAGUAGCAGCAGCGGCAGUAGCAGAGGUUGUUGUUCGGCAAGUAUAACAGAUGAAGAUGAUCGCCGUGAUGACGAUGACGAGGAUGAUUGUUUGGAUGACUGGGAAGCAAUGGCCGAUGCUUUGGCUGCUGAUGAGAUUGAAAAGAAUUGUAGUGACCCUGAUUUGGAGUCUGCUGUGCAGGAGAAGGAACCUGAGGCAGAGGUUGUGUUGACCACAACAGCGGGUCAAGAGGGUUGUCGGGCCAGGACUAGUUUUCGGGCGUGGAGACCUGAUGAUGCUUCCCGUCCUCAGUGUCUCCCAAAAAUGCUGAAGCAAAACAGUUUUCCUAUGAAAUCAGGGGUGUACCAUGGUGUUGGAUUUGCUCCUUCGUCGUGCCCUAUAUGUUGUGAAGAUUUAGACAUGACUGAUACAAGUUUUCUUCCUUGCCCAUGUGGUUAUAGGCUCUGUCUUUUCUGCCACAAGAGGAUUCAAGAAGAUAAUGGCCGUUGUCCGGGCUGCAGGAAGCCUUAUGACCAGCCUGACACCAAAAACGCACCUUUGAAGGUGGCUCGUUGUCAGAGCAUGAACCCAAUGUAUUGAAAGUAGUCUCUGGUUCUUUUGGAUGGUUACGGUGGGCCUCCUUUUCGUUCGCGUGUCUUGCUUGUUUGGUUACUGUUAGACAACGGCACUAGUGCUAGGUUUGUCCCAAGUAGUCAUUCUUUUGGAUGGUUACUCUAGUCUUUUGGGAGUUAUGCCGGUUCUCUUGUGAGUCAGAUCUAUAUAUUUAUAGAUAUAUGCUUUUAUAGAGGACUAGUUGGUGUGUGGAUACAUAAGGUGGUAUAGAAAUUGAAUACAUGCUUGUCAAUGGUCUGCAAAUAAUGUCUAUCUUAUGACUUUGAUGCCUAA